CCCCGCCCGGGGUCCCGACGCGCUCGGUCUCGGGGAGGCCCGGACGCGCCCGUCGCAGGCCGGGCGGUGAGCGGCGGGCGGCGGGGAGGGGGCGGCGCGGGGCGGGAGCCGGCCCCUGGCUGCGCGCCCGGCCUCCGGCGUCCGGUCACCGCGAUAUCCCCCGCGCACACACACACCGGCCGCACCAUGGCCCUGAAGGCCGAGGGGGCCGCGCUCGACUGCUUCGAGGUGACGCUCAAAUGCGAGGAAGGGGAGGACGAGGAGGAGGCCAUGGUGGUGGCCGUAAUUCCGCGGCCUGAGCCGAUGCUCAGAGUGGCCCCGCAGGAGAAGACGCCCCCGCCCAGGCCCAGCCUGCUGGAGGCAAGUGGCGAAGGCUGUGAGGAGCCCAAGCAGCAGGUGUCUUGGGAGCAGGAGUUCCUGGUGGGAAACAGCCCAGGAGGCAGUGGGCGGGCACUGUGCAUGGUGUGUGGGGCGGAGAUCCGGGCCCCCUCGGCGGACACGGCGCGCACACACAUCCUGGAGCAGCACCCUCACACCCUGGACCUGAGCCUUUCGGAGAAAAGCAACAUCCUGGAGGCCUGGAGUGAGGGAGUGGCCCUUUUGCAGGACGUCAGAGCCGAGCAGCCUUCUUCACCAACCUCAGACUCAGGCCAGGAUGUCGAAGCUGACCCGGACUCCGAGCCAGACCCUGCCAGGAUGCCGGCAGAGAUCGUCGUUCUCCUCGACUCCGAGGAAAACCCGUGUCUCCCGAAAAGGAGCCGGCCCAGGGGCCUCCGCCCCCUCGAGCUUCCUGCCGCCCCUGUCUCAGAGCCAGGAAGUAGGAAGCCCCGUGGUCAGAGAUGGAAGGAGCCCCCUGGGGAAGAGCCGGUCAGAAAGAAAAGAGGCAGACCCAUGACCAAAAACUUGGACCUGGACCCGGACCCCGACCCAGACCCCCCAUCCCCCGACUCACCCACAGAGACUUUCGCAGCCCCCACUGAGGUCCGACACUUCACCGACGGCAGCUUCCCACCGGGCUUCGUCCUCCAGCUCUUCUCCCACACCCAGCUCAGGGCCUCAGACAGCAAGGACUCACCCAAAGAGGGGAGAGCUGCAGAAGGAGGCCUUCCCCAGCCGGAAAGCCCCUCUCCAGUGUAAGGAUUUCCAUUUUGGAGAAGACGACAUAGCCUCGAAGAGAUACGGCACUUGUCUCAGGGCCCCUCACCUAGUAAGUGGCAGCCUGUGUUUCCACCUGUACCCAUCCCCCUCCAGCCUCCAAGCCUUCUCUCUGCUGCUGGGGCUAAGCUGCAGCUGGGGAAGCCCGGGCCCCCAAUGCCUGGCUAGAGCCCAUCCCCUCCCUGUUGGCCGCUCUGUCCCUCCCUCUCUCCUCUUUGUCCACAGUCCGUGUUUCCCUCUCCUUCAGAUCUCACCCAGCAACUUAUGCAAAGCUGUGAUUUCUCCCUUCUUGACCCCUCAUCCCUCCCUAGCCACUGUUUCAUUUGUUCCCAAACCUUUUCAGCGAGGCUGGGGAGCAUUUUCCACACUAACUGGCCCUCCUCUCUCUGGGAGCCACUUCCGUCCUAUUCCCAUCCUCCCAUCUCAUGCUAAAAUUGCUUUUUUUGGCAAGGUCACCAAUGACUUGCCUAAAAUGAAAAUCCAGAGGUCACUUCUCAGUGCUUGCCUUUCCCCAGUGUGACCGUAAUCAUGAUACCGUCCCUCCCUCCUUCCCAGAUCUGCUCUGAUCUUGGGGUUCCCCAGACCACUGGCCGGAUCCCCCUCCAGCUUCACCGGAUGUUCUGUCUCCCCAGCCUGUCCUUUCACACGCGGCUCCCCAAGUCAGAUCUGAUGAUUCUCUCCUCCUCUUUCUUGAGUGUAAGUAGCUUCAGGUCAGGACAUGUAUCUGUUUCAUUUCCUGUGAUCUCCCCAGAGCCUGGCAUGGGGUCCAGGUGCUGCUUACGUGUUCGGUGAGUGAGUGGUUAAGUGACGGAUUGGCUGCCUCAACCUUGGGGCAGGGCCUUCCUCACUCCCAGAGGGACCCAGUCCAAGUUCAUGUGUUCCCAGCUCCCGCCCAGAUUUCCCUGGUGACAUGCCUGUGGUUGUCCAGAAGAUCGAUGGAACUGCCUUAUCCAAACCGAAUCUCCCCCUCCACCUCCCGCCCCCAGCCUCUCUCGUCCUCCCCAGCCUCCUCUGCCCUUUUCCAUUUCUCACUUUGCUCAGGCUAAACCCUCAGAAUCAUCCUCUUCCUGUUUCCAUCAAGCCCUUUGCAAAUUGUGUUAGCUCCACCUCCAAAAUCGGUUCCGAAUUCACCCUCCUCUGUCACCCCCCUCCGCUGUGGCCACCCUGGUCCAAGCCAUCUCUUGCCUGGUUCCUUAACGGCCUCCUCCCUGGUCUCCCAGCUUCUGGUCUUUGCCCACUCUGGUCUCCUCUCCUACGGUAGCCAGGGUCCCCAGUGCAAACCGAGUUAGAUGCUGUCCCUGCUGUUGCUGUCACACUCCCGAUAAAAAGCCAGAGUCCAUGGCGACCAGGGAUGCUCACCGCAGGAUCCCGACUCUCCUAAGCCAGCCCGCCUGCUCUGCACAGGCACAGGCCUGCUGUUCCUACAACGGCAGGCAGGCGGCCCCCAGGGCAUUCGUGCUCACCCUUCCUUCUGGCUGGAAUGCUGUUCCCCUGGCCACCCGCGUAGCGGACUCUCUCUGUACAUCUUUGCUCACCUACCCGCUCCACGAGGCCCUCCAC